UUCUACAGCGUGGCGCAGGCAAACCUCAGCGGCACGAGCAUCGACAGCGAAGCGCUGCUGGACCACAGAGAACAGCAGCCGAUGCGAAUCCGCCGGUCGUCGACGAUAGCCGGCCCGGGCUCCUUUCAGAAUCCCUUCUCUUCGGUCAGCAACUCCCGCCUCCGGUCCAUGCAGACGGCGCAGAGCGGUGAUGAGAGCCCAUCUGGUCGCUGGGAUGAGUCGGCGCCUCUGCUUUCCGAGUCCGCAAGGCGUCCAGCAUCGCAGGCGGGCAUGCCAAGCUACGGUACAGGCGAUGCGCGCCAGGGCCGCACUCGAAGCCGGAGACAGUCCAGCUCCUCCUCCAAGGAGAGGCUGAGGACUGCGUACAGCUCCAAGGACAAGUACGACAUCAACCACCCGCCGUCUAUACCCGGCUCUCCAACCUUUGGCCCGUCGGACGGCAUCGAGCUCAACUUUGGCGAUGUCAUGAUGCGAGAUGAGCUCACCAUGGAGAGCGGCGAUGAGGCGCUUUCCGACGGCGAAGGCACCCAUCGGCCCGACCGCGAGACGAGGCUGCCGCCCCAAGCUUCUGGCGAUGUCUGUUUCCCCGGACCGGGCAUGUCCGAUAUUGGCGACGAUGAGCUUGCUUCCCGGUACGACAAUCGGCGUUACAGAACCCGCCGGCGCCGCGGUCGGUGGCCAGAUCUUUCUGUCUUGGAGAAUUGGGCGCAGUUCGAGAAGGAGGACAGCAGCAAUGAGCGACGAGUUAAGACGAUUACAGAGCCGCAGCUUAUCAACGGCCGUCUGCGGCCCGUCCGAAAGGGCUGGUUCCAGACCGAAGAAGAGGCGCCCUACAGAUUCACAUAUUUCAACGAAGAAUUCCAGAGCACGAUACACAGCCAGUCCAUAUCAGGGCUCGUCCAGCAGGGGAGCGAUUUCCAGGCACUGUUCAUCCCCGAGCCCCGCAUUCUCUCAUCAGACGAGGAGAGCGAAUCCGAGGACAUCAUGUCACAGCCGUCCAAACCGCGAUACUCGGCGGAGGGACUCGAGGCCGACACGAAGCCUCCAACACGCCAGCCCUCGCUGGACACGAGAAAGGAUGGCCUCAUGUCGCCGCCUGCGAGAGACAGAACGAGUUCCAGCUCCAGGUCUGCCUCGGAAAGCAACAACAGCAACAACGCGGGCGAGCCCAAAGUAUCUGAGAAGCCGGUGCGAUACGGAGAGAGACCAGUGUGGUGGCUCGACAUUCUCAGCCCGACAGAAGACGAGAUGAAAGUCCUGGCAAAGGCUUUUGGCAUUCAUCCUCUGACGGCUGAAGACGUCAUGCUGCAAGAGGCCCGUGAAAAGGUCGAGCUGUUUCGCCACUACUACUUUGUCAACUACCGCACCUUUGAUCAGGACUUCAACAGCGAUAACUUCCUGGAGCCCGUCAACAUGUAUGUGAUUGUCUUCCGGGAGGGCGUCCUGAGCUUCCACUUUUCCGUGACGCCGCAUCCCGCCAACGUUCGCCGGCGGAUACGGCAGCUGAGGGAUUACCUGAUUCUCUCGUCGGAUUGGAUCUCGUAUGCCAUCAUCGACGAUAUCACCGACGUUUUCCAGCCCUUGAUACAGAACAUUGAGGACGAGGUUGACGAAAUCGACGACUCCAUCUUGCAGCUCCACACAUCGGUUUACAAGCGAUUAAACGACGAAAAGGCCGCGAAACACGAUGACACCGCGACCAUUCCAGACUCGAGUGGCGACAUGCUCCGGCGCGUGGGAGACUGCCGAAAGCGAGUCAUGAGUCUGUACCGGCUGUUGGGCAACAAGGCGGACGUCAUCAAGGGCUUCGCGAAGCGCUGCAACGAGCGGUGGGAGGUUGCCCCCCGCUCAGAGAUUGGCCUGUAUCUCGGCGACAUCCAGGAUCACAUUGUGACCAUGACCUCUAACUUGAGUCACUAUGAGAAGAUCCUCGCCCGAUCUCACGCCAACUACCUGGCGCAAAUCAACAUCCGCAUGAACGAGCGCCAAGAACAAACCGCCGACGUCCUCGGCAAGCUCACCGUCCUCGGAACCAUUGUGCUGCCGAUGAACAUCAUCACCGGCCUCUGGGGCAUGAACGUCUGGGUACCCGGGCAAGAGUACGAGGGCGACUUGACGUGGUUUGCGUGCAUCACGGCCGGGCUGCUGCUCUUUGGGGUGGCGUGUUAUCUGAUUGCGAAGCGGGUGUACAACAUUGUCUGA